AUGUCAUGUUGGCCAAAGUUAUCAGAAUUAUCUUGGCUCAAUGAGUGUAAGGCCAGAUUAAAAGCACAGGAAGAAAUCAGGGCGAAGAUUAAUGCAUCCUCAUGUUUCGAUGAAAGUGCCUUGAGGUCGCUAGAUUCAGCUCUCAAAAAAACUACAGCUUUUAUGAAAAAAAUGAAAACCUUAAACAGCUUCGCGGUUCCAUCUUUAAUAAGUGAUCUUUCGAAGCUUAACUUAUCAAAGUUUGUGGAAGAAAUGGCUCAGGCUAUUGCUGAAACGAAGUUGAAAACUUCCGAAGUUGUUACUGUCGUUGACCUUUGUGUUGAAAUCGCAAUUCGAUAUCAAAACUUCUCCAGCUUAUUGUUAGCCGAAUUCAAAAAGAUGUUGCCCAUUAAAAAAUCAGAUAAAAUCGCUAAUCCCUCCAAGCUGAGAAUAGAUUUACGUUUUUUGUGUGAGCUCAUUCUUGCAGGAGUAUUCAAAAAGGAUGGCCUGCAGUUAUUUGGUGCAGUGAUAACAUGUUUGACGACAAAUGACAAAGUGGAUCAUGUGAACAUCGGCUUAUUAUGUUCUUUGUUCAAACCAAUGGGAUGGAGCUUUGCUGGAAUGAUUCCUCUACCUGAAGAAGAUGCGGCCACUGUAACUAUCCAAGAAAAUGACUUGGAUUCGGGGCCCAUUAUUGGCGAUCACAAAAAAAUCAUACAUGAUAUGGUCGCCGACUAUUACAACAGCUUCAGGCAAAAGUUGGAGAAGAAGUGUGUUGAGAUGAAUGCUAUUCAAAAAAAAGUUAAAAGACAAGCUCGGACUAGAGGGGAUGCUACAGCGGAAGACAAAGCUACUUUAGACGAAGUUCGAACUAGUUACGAUCAGUUCAAAGCUCAGGGUAGUGAGCUUAGCUCUGUGCUCGGAAUCAAAAUGCCUCAGUUAAAAGAAGAACCAAGUGAUGACGAGGAAGACGAGCUGGCUAAUAUAGAGAUGAGUAAAGCUUUGGCCGAGGGCGAGGUUUCUCUGUGGCCUGACGAUGAAACUGAAGCGUUCUACUGCAACUUGUUGAACAUAAAGAACAUUGUUCCAAAAAACUUAUACAAGGAAUCAGAAGAGAGAACUUUGUCAUUGAACGCAAUGAAAACCUGCGUCGAUUCAGUUAAUGUUGAUGGGCUUGAUGAAACUCUUGAUGAAAUGCAGGAAACCUUACCAGAGGAAGUUCCUGUGGAGACAGUAGAAGGAACUGAAGUAACAACCGAACCUACAGAGGAAAUCAAACAGAACAUGGCUGAGUUUCUUCAAGUUCUUGAUCAUUUGGUUAAUCGUGAAGUCACUGACAAUUGUGCGCUCAACUUUGUUCAACAUUUGAACACAAAGGGAAAUAGGAAACGCCUUGUUAAAACACUCUUGAGCACACCUGGGAACCGUUUAGAUUUGAUACCGUUUAUUGCUCGACUUCUAGCUACCUUAUUCCCAGUGAUGCCGGACGUUGUUACAGAGAUUACAAAUCAUUUGGUUAAAAACUUCAAGGAUUAUAUGAAAAUUCGAGAUACAAAGACCAGUGCAGUCCGUGUGGAAGAGAAACUCAAAUGUGUAGUGUUCAUAGCCGAACUAGUAAAAUUCGAAUUGGUUCCUCGAGCCGAGGCGUUGAACUGCCUGAGACAAUUAGUAUAUGACUUCCAUGGUCAUUGGGUAGAUAUGGCGUGUACAAUGAUAGAAGCCGUGGGAUUCUAUUUGUACAGGAAUUCUGAUUCACAUUCUCGGAUGAAGAUCUUAUUGAGUGUUAUGAUGAACAAAAAAGAGAAAAUGAAGGACACACGCCAAAGAAUGUUAGUAGACAACAGUUACUAUGCCGCAGUACCAUCUCCAGAAGGAUCCACCAAAGUUGUGGAAACAGCUCCUCCAAUGCAUUUAUUUGUCAAACAAACUAUUUUACUUGUGAACGGAGAUAACGUGAAUUGUGUUUUGAAAUUAUUGCGAAGGAUAGAUUGGAAUGAUCAAGAUUUAUUACAAUUAACACUGAAGUAUUUGUCUUCUCCAUGGCUGGUUCCUUACAGUAAUUUAUGCUACCUGGCCAGUGUUGUAGCUGGAAUGACUAAACUUCCUGCUCACGACUGGAUAACGGUAUCAGUAGUUGACUCAAUCUGUGAAACUGUUAGGCUAUCGCUCGAAGCAGCUGGGCUAUUUAAUCAACAAGCCAUGGCUAGUAUCACAUUUUUAGGAGAAAUUUAUAACUAUAAUGGAUGCGAGAGCGGGAUAAUUUUCAAAAUACUCUACCAAUUGAUAACAUUCCCUGAAGACCAUGCUGAGAACUGGAUGGAUUUCUACAGACUUCGAAUGAUCUGUGAGAUGGUAAAUGUAGUUGGAGAGUUUUUCAUGAGUUCGAGCAGCAAGAAAAAAAUGGAUUAUUUUCUGAUGUAUUUCUUUAGAUACUAUUGGAUCAAACGCACGAAAUGGGAGAAAAAUAUCGAAUCUACAGAUUCGGAAAGUGUUAAGUUCCCUCCCGAGGUAGAAUCAGAAUUCAGAAAUUGCAUAAAGUAUGUGAGAAGAAACGCUGCAGUUCCCGAUAGUUUGGAAGAGGCAGAGAGAAAUCUGGAAGUUGUCGAACAAAAGUUAAAGCUUGAUUUUUCUGAGUUGGAAGUUGAAGAAGACGAAGAUACACGAAGAGAGCCUGUUGACAGAUCACUACAUCAAAUUCAAGAAGAAGAGGAAAUGGGUGAUGAUGAGUUCAAUGAAGAGAUGAGUAGUGCUUCUCAUAAUGCUCCCUUUAUAAAUCAAGCUGAAGAUGAGGAGUUUACUAGAGAGUUGGACAGAUUAAUUAAUGAAACGCAUAGGAAUGCUCCUACUCAAGCUCCAGGAGGCAUGAUCGAUAUGACAGUCUCUGUUGCUGCUAAACAGAAACUUCAAGGAAUUACUUUCGCUGAUGACAGCGCAAGUUCUAGUAACGUGAACUCAGCAAAACCUGUGAAGGUGGCACUAUUAGCCAGAGGUCGCGGAAAUAAGGCGCAGCUUAAAGCUGUGGCGAUCACCACCGAAAAACUCCAUAAUCAAUGGAAGGUAGAGAAAGAACGACAACUGAAAGAACAGGAGGAUAUCAAGCGUGUAACUCUGGAUCACUCAGCUCGAAUAAUGGCUGACGAGUUGAAGGAGAGGGAAGCCAAUGCUUACCAAAAAAGACAUCAAACGACGAAAUAUUAG